GAACAGCCGCGUGCCUGGGGGGGGCCCGAGCCGCCGCGUUCUGCUCUUGGAACUGAAUCCACAUGGGCAAGUCUUUGUGCCCGUGCAAGGCGCUGUUGAGCUUUCGGCAAAUACUUGCUCCCAUGUAUGAAGAUGUCCUUAGUGGACCUAGGGAAGAGGUUGCUAGAAGCAGCUCGCAAAGGCGAAGAUGACGAAGUGCGAAAGCUGAUGGCAAGCGGUGCUCCCUUCACCACUGACUGGCUUGGGACGUCGCCACUUCACCUCGCUGCCCAGUACGGCCACUAUUCAACAGCAGAGGUGCUGCUUCGAGCUGGUGUUAGCAGAGAUGCCCGAACAAAAGUGGACCGGACGCCGCUACACAUGGCUGCGGCUGAUGGACACACUCAUAUCGUAGAACUGCUAAUUAGGAACGGGGCUGAUGUAAAUGCCAAGGACAUGCUGAAAAUGACCGCUUUGCACUGGGCGACAGAGCACAACCACCGAGACGUCGUAGAGCUGCUCAUCAAAUACGGAGCUGACGUCCAUGCUUUCAGCAAGUUUGAUAAAUCGGCUUUUGAUAUUGCUUUGGACAAGAACAAUCCAGAGACUCUGGUAAUGCUACAGGAAGCAAUGCAGAACCAGGUGAACACUCAUCCAGAGAGAACGGAUCCCAUCGCCAACACUGUGACUCUCACCUCACCAUUUAUCCUUGCGCCAGGGGAAGUUCUCAAUCUCGCUAGUCUCGCCUCUUCAGCAAACGCCAAAACAACCUCAGCAGGUGACUCGCAGGUCUCUACGGUGCAGUUUUCCAAUUCAACGACCUCUGUCCUUGCCACACUCGCAGCCCUCGCUGAAGUAUCGGCCCCGCUUUCCAACUCAAACAGAGAUACAGGUAAGACGGAGGAAGUAGUGGAAGCAAAUUCUGUCGAUUCUGCCCUACAACAAGUGGUUGGCAGCGGAGGGCAGCGCGUCAUCGCCAUUGUAACCGACGGAGUUCCCCUGGGCAGCCUGCAAACAGCCAUCCCCACCAGCGGCCUCAGCCAGCCCUUCAUCCUAACCAUGCAAGAUGGACAGCAAGUUUUAACUGUACCUGCUGGCCAGGUUGCAGAAGAGACUGUUAUUGAAGACAGAGAUGACGCAGAAGAGGAAGAAAAGCCGCUGGCCAAGAAGCAAAAAGUGGAACAAAACGUAGAUGACUCAAAGGAAGACAAGGACAGCGUUGAAAGGGAAGCGCUACAGCAGCAGUUGCAAGAGGCGAACCAGAAGGCUCAGGAAUACCGCAGCCAGCUCCUAAAGAAAGAGCAAGAGGCGGAGGAGUACCGGCUGAAGCUGGCAGCCAUGGCACGACAGCAGCCCAACGGGGCGGAGGUGACGGUGCUCGAAGAGGUUGCUGAGGUUGACCCGCUUGUGGUAACCUCAGAAGACAUCAAGGAAUCCGUGCUGUCCAUGCUGGAAACGGAUCAGCCAACUGAUAUUGCUGUGGAAACUGUAACCUCCUAAUCCUCGGUGGUUGACUGGGUUUUGUAAAGGAAAAUAACUUUUUUUUCUCUUUUUGUUGUUAAAUAAGGUGCUAUUGGCAAGCGGUGUUGAGAGCAGAGGGCUGUUGUCAAAGCCACCCCAUCGCCAGGGGUAGAAGCUUCUCCAGCCGCUCGCAGCGUAACUCUGCUUUCAGCGCAGUGCCAAAAGGUGCUUUUAAAGCUUGACCUUGAGAGAUUGGAAGCUUUUUUACAAAAUUUUAGCCAGCGAGUGACCUGACAGCUUAUUUGGUGAUGUCAGUACCUGUGUUGUUGGGGAGAGGAAAAGAAAUACCUCCUUGCUAGGGCAGCUGGUGCGAGCGCUCGGCUGCCUGGAAACAACAGCACUGAAAACACUUACUGCAGUAACCUGAGGUGUUCGCUCCCUUCUGCAAAGCCGAGUGACCGGAUCUGUGCCUUCAGAAAAAGUAGUCCCUUGGGGUGUUGCUUUAAAGUCUCCAGGGGUGCGGAGGGGAUUUCCCCUUUCAGCUAGAAAGGGAAUUACAUGUUCUUUUUCUUCCAAAACCAUGAAUCUUUUUGAUUGAGGCAACCUUCAAUGCAAGAGCAAAGGCCGGGCUGAAUGUCUGUCAGCCGGGGCAUUUCCCAAUCUCAGGGAAUACCACGCUUCACCCUCUUUGGUUCAGGAACAAUCUGGGGGAUUAGCUACCCAAAGGGAUGGCAAAAAAUUCCUCCUCGAUUUUAUGGUAUUUAGUCAAAUGCUCUAUUUGACACUUCCACGCUGAACAGCGGCGUUCACUGAUUAUAUAUGCAAAAUUACAUGCGGCGGUUGCUGCAGGACAGCUUGGGAGUCGAGUUGUCUCUGGAGCUACAUAUGUCACUUUUUUUUUUUACCAAACAGUUUUUAAAGAUACUAAAACCUUUUUUAACAAGCAGCUGAUCUUGUUACUGAAAUGUUCGUAUAUUUUUCACUCUUUGCAGGCCUGUUUAGAGCAGGGAUCCGUUCAGUUCAGUCGAUCAUGGGUUUCGAGACAGCAGGGAACUGAUUGGAAGCACCCCAAGUAAUCGCGUGGAGCUCGAUAAUGAAAGAUUAUCAAGGGAAGUUGAGAAAAAUACCAUAAACCAGGGAACUUUAGAAAAAUGCCAUCAUGCAAGCUGUGCUGUCAGUCGCAGAAGGGUUUUAAGGGCGAGGAGUGGCUUGCGGCUCCAAGGCCGGAGCAGCUGGCCUGCUCCCUGAGAAUGUCUUCUCGCAAGAUAAAAAUUCAUAGCUCUUUUGGCCCGUAGUUUAUCGGCUUGGGGUUUCUUGGGGUUUUUUGUCCUAUUUUUGUAACUGUUGGCAGUAUUCAAGGUAAUAAUUUGAUGUCAUGGUCCUUGCGUUGCAUUUUUCCCUGUUAUUUCCAAGCGUGUCCAGAUAACACGGUUCUCUCUUGGUUCAGGUACCAACUUUUUAACGUUUCUUUGCCGAUAGAUCAGCCUGUACCGUGACGUCGGAGAUGUAGUACGGACUAACGAGUUCAUAAAGGUAUGAGCGUACGGUGACGGCUCUGGAGAAAUUUCUCACCCCAAGUAGGAACUGCCUUUCAUCCUAAAAUCAGUCGGUUCCUGGAGGCUGGGCCGGGCAGGAAGGUGGGAUCUGCCAAAAUCCCAUCUGGGGCCCCGUUUGACCAGUUGGCUUCGCCAGCGAGCGGGAGGAGAGGGAGGUUUGUGUGACUGUUACUGUAAAGGCUUCCUGAGACUGGCUGGGUUUUGAGAAUCUAAGUGCAUUUAUUUAUAACCAGUGUAGCUAUAUUUAUAAAUAAGACUUUUUUUUAUCUUUUUCCAAAAGAUGUUUUGAAGAAGGCUUUAAUAAUUAUUUUUUAUGAAUGAAUGUUUGGAGAGACUCGGUUCCUGGUUAUUGAUUACUUCAGCGUUUCCUUGCUGAUGUCAAGCGUACAUUAAGUUAUUUCCUUUUGUUCCCCGUAACAUCGACAAUUUGGGUCUGUUUGAACUAAAAACCCGCGUCGGAGGGUUCAAGACAGUAUUAGAGUAAAUCCAGGCAGGUUCUUCUAAUACCCAAAGUGUUUACGGAUGUAAAGGGACACUGUCAGCUUUGGCUUUUACCUUUUGCCUGAAAUUUGUGCUUAUGAUAUGACAAUUUGAAGAGCUCGGCAGCUGUGGUGUAUAUAGACGCUGUGUUGUGCCUUUGACAGCGCUGCGGUUCUGUUAGUUCCCUGAAAAGGGGCGGUUUUGCCAAAAAGUCCCUCCAGCUGGGAAGCAAACUUCCCCUUUGGAAGAGGAGAAAAAAACCCCAGAAGUCCGUGGCGCUCACGGUAACUGGGUUUGGUUUAUAGAGUUGGGACGAAUAAAGCUGACAGUGUUCUUACUGCUUCGCCUUGUGGGGGGAGAUCACACGUUAAUUUUAUUUUUAGAAGUACUCGCGUACGGGGUCUGAACAAAGACGAGGAGAAUUUGAUCUCCGCCCGGCAUUUAGAAAGAAUUUAAACCCGGCUGCGUCCUCUGCUCUUCCACAGAAAGGACUUGGAUCUUUUUAAGCCAAGACCAGCAGUUUUCUGGUCGGCGCGUAGUCAGCUGUGGCGGUUAAUAACCUCCCACUAGAGUCCGGGCCGCGCUCUGCCGCGUCAGGGCUUUCAUCGCCCACGCCUUCUCCAUCCUCGCGCUGCUUUCACCGGCGAGCGCAGGGUUUGAAGAGGUUCGAGGCUAAACGAACCCCUUCCCUCUCGAAGGCUGCGCUCUCAGCGAGGCAGAGCAGCCCGGCUCCCCUCCCCUGCGCGCUUGGGAUCGCAUCCGUGCUCGCUCGUGGGCGGCAGAAUCCCGGCCUGCUUCCCGGGGACGCUGGGAUGCAGAAGUUGCAUCUUAAAAGGAACGCGCGUUGUUCCUCCUCGGUGGAGGAGGUGGUGCGGCGCUGAUGGAGCCAGUUUGGGUUUGAUUAGACGUGUAUUUCCCUCUUGUUGGCGGUAACCAGCUCCAGCCGGUUCCCGUUAUCCUAAAUCGGAAGCAGGGCGUUGUAAAUCCGGUGGGGAUGCGAGGAGGAGGUCCCGGAAAUGCGAACUCGGUCCUCUCCAGAUGACUGCCGAGGGCAGUGACAGACCCCGCAGUGACAGACCCCGGGAGCUGAGCUGAGCUGAGUGUGGCCCGGCUGCCCCGGAGCCCUCGGCCGGGCCCUUCCCUGUCCGUACCCCACUUCCACCCCCACCCCUCGCCCCUGGGGCACUUCUUGCUGCCAAAGCGGAUUAUUGCUUUAAUCUCGCCUUUAUCAGAUUGUUUUCCCUGUGCCAGGCACGGCGCCGGGGUAUUUAUCGCAGAAUAAAUGGCCGCUUCGUGGCAGCAAGUCCCCUGCAGACCCCAUUAGCGCUGUGCCGAGGAGCCAAGUGCUCAGCACCCCGUUUCUACUGAGGCUAAAUGUUUGGAAAUGCAGAAAUUUCAACAUUUAUACAUAUUUUUUUUUGUACUCUG